AUGACCAUCCAAGGCCGUUCGGUGAAAUUGCAGGGCAUACUGGAAGGGAUAAGGGCGGUUAUGGUCUUGGGAAAUCGGGCGUCGAGCCUCACUCUAGUUCGACACGCGGAUCCGGAAGCAUCUUCGGCCGAGAAAGCCGGGGCAGCGAGUGUAACUCAGGGUGCCGUGGAGACCCGGCUCAAAAUCCUUGACCAAUAUUGGGUGAAGUUUGAGGCCGGUCACGACACACUACGCUCCACCUUUUGGAAGACCGUUAGCGGGCACGACUACAUAAAGAAUAAUUUCUUCGAAGUGGCAGAGGAAACCUACAUUGCGCAACGUGCUGCUCUCGUGGACCUGCUCGAGGAGGUGCGAUCCAAACCCGUGGUCAGCCUCGACGCUACCUCAUUUCGAGAGGGGGAGAGCGGUGGCCGAAGAGCGCUGCCGCGCAUUCAGCUUCCAACAUUUACCGGGAAGUAUGAAGACUGGCCAGCCUUCCGCGAUCUUUUCCAGUCGAUCGUUGACCGCAACGGUUCGCUCUCGGAGGUAGAAAAACUCCACUAUUUGAGGACGUGCGUGAAGGGCGACGCGGAUCAAUUAAUUCGCAACCUUCCCACCACCGAGGAGAAUUACGAACGGGCAUGGUCCAUGCUAAUGGAUCAUUAUGCCAACCAAAGACUGCUGGUGCGUUCGUGUUUCUCGACCUUCACAGCCAUUCCUAAGAUGAAAGGCGAGACAGUGUCGGAUCUGCGACGGGUAUUUCACGGCAUGCUCCAGACCAUGGGUUCGCUGGAGGGCAUCGGACGACCGAUAAGCAGCUGCAGCGAUCUGUUCGUGCACUUGGUCGUUGAGAUGCUGGACCAACGCACAAGAAGGGAGUGGGAGAUCGAGAUUGGCAGCACCACAGAGCCCCCGUCCAUCGACGAGUUAAAGACGUUCAUGGAAUGCCGCUUACGAUCGCUGGAGGCCCUUCACCCGACUUCGGGGGAGGCAGCCAAGACGAGCGGAACCACGUCAAGGACGGCACGGUCGCACCUCGCCCAGAAGACGGGCAGAGGCAAAUGCUCGUUCUGCACCAAGGAGCACUACAUUCUGUCGUGUAAUGACUUUCUGAAGAAGACGCCUGGGGAGAAGAAGCAAUACGUGGAGGCAAAUAAUCUCUGCCUCAAUUGCUUCGGAAGGCACCGCCCGAGCUCUUGCCCUUCAACUAGGGUCUGCAACACGUGCAAGCAGCGGCAUCACUCCUCCAUUCACGAGGUCUGCACGACCGCGCCAGCGGUGGUUGAUGCAUCCACGUCACUCCACGUACAGCAGGGGGCACACUACGAGGACGAGCGCUCGGUCGUCCUUCUGGCUACUGCACGGAUUUCCGUCGACGACAGGGGCCGAGUCACGAUCACGAUCUCGUCGCGAACGACUCAGGCCUCUCUCCGCUUGACGGCUCUAAUCCUGCCAAGGAUUUCGGCCUACGAGAGCCGAAUAGCCACCAGGGCUCCGAUCUGGGAGCAUGUGCGCGGGUUACCUCUGGCAGACCCGGACUUCGAGGCUCGGGAUCAGGUGGAGAUUCUCCUGGGAGCGGACGCAUACGCUGAGAUCGUCGAGACUGGCCUAUGCAAGGGCGCCCCACGCACUCCUGUCGCUCAAAAAACCAAGUUGGGUUGGAUUCUCUCGGGACUGAUCUGCGGUUCGGGGCCGGGAGAGGUGGUGUCGUCACACCAGUGCUCUUUCGGCGAGGACCUCUCCACCAUGGUGAGAUGCUUCUGGGAGCAGGAGGAACCGGCGCCGAGCCCGGUGCCACUGACGGAGGCUGAACAAAGGUGCGAGGACCAUUUUGCGCGCACUCAUGGUCGAACCGCCGAUGGGCGGUACGUGGUGCGCCUCCCAAUCGCCUCGAGCUUGCCUCCACUCGACGGUCGCGCCGGGCAGCGGUUACGCACGCUGAGUGAGCAAUGGAGCGGAAAAUUCGAAACGAACUCUAAAGUUUUCACGACCAUGUAUGCGGCCUUCAUGCAUGAAUAUGAGGAGCUCCGCCACAUGACUCCAGUCAAGCCGCCCCUUGCAGGUAGCGGGGCACGCGUCUGCUACCUACCACACCACGGGGUCAUGAAGGGCGACGGAGAGGCUAGCAAAAUCAGAGUUGUUUUCAACGGCUCUUCGCGCCUACCGAGCGGUGACUCACUCAACACGCUCUUGCUGACUGGGCCCAACCUGCUUCCCGCCUUGCCUCACGUACUCUUGAGAUGGCGCCGGCACCGCUUCGUCUUGGUCACGGACAUUGAGAAAAUGUACCGUCAAGUCCGAGUCCACGAGGCCGACCGUGACCUGCAGAGAGUGGUCUGGCGAUCAGGUCGACACAAUGCCAUGCAAGAGUACCAGCUGAAUACGGUGACCUACGGGUUCACCUGCGCGCCGUUCUUGGCAAUCCGGACUCUGCAGCAACUAGCAUCGGACGAGGGAGAGCGAUUCCCGCAGGGAGCCAGGGUGCUCCGCCAGGACGUCUACGUCGAUGACGUCCUGACCGGCGCCGACACAACAACGGAGGCUCGCAGCAUUCGGGAUCAACUUAUCCAGCUCUGCACGGCGGGUGGCUUUCCACUCCGCAAAUGGGCGGCCAACGCGGACGAACUUCUAGAGGACAUCGCACCAGAGCACCAACAGCAUUGCGAGCACCGUGAGUGGGAGCCCGAGCAAUGCCACUCCACCCUCGGUCUCCAGUGGCAUCCGCGCCAGGACGUGUUUGCAUACCGUGUUCGGUUGCGCCAGGAGGAGACCGUCACGAAGCGUGUCGUGCUUGCGGAGACAGCGCGCUUGUUCGAUCCCUUGGGAUGGAUCGCCCCAGUGGUGGUCCGAGCUAAAAUACUCAUCCAAGUGCUGUGGAUGCGGCGCAUCGACUGGGACCAGACCUUGAGCAGCGAGGAUCAACGGACGUGGCAGCGGCUCCGGGAGGAGCUCCCCUUACUGGAGAACGUGCGGAUGCCGCGGUGGCUGUGUACCUCGACGGCGGGCGGCGGCGUGGAGAUCCAUGGAUUCGCGGACGCGUCCGAGCGGGCCUAUGCGGCGGUGGCGUAUCUCCGGGUGAGCGGCGGCCAUCACGACUGGCAGGUCACCAUGCUCCAGGCGAAAACCAGGGUGGCGCCGCUCAAACAGUGGAAGACAUACGUCGCCAACCGAACGGCCGAAAUCCAACGCGCCUUGCCGGGGGCCCUAUGGCAUCACCUCCCCGGAGAGGAGAACCCGGCCGACUGCGCUUCGCGAGGGCUGUCUCCAAGCGAGCUGGUGGAGCAUCCGCUGUGGUGGCGAGGUCCAGCCUGGCUCGCGCGGGGAGACUGGCCCAGCCGCUACGAGGAACCAGAGCUGACGGACGACGUGGAGAUUUCCGAACGGCGCCGCGUGCAUGCUGCCGUCGCCACCGAGGAGGACCCCACGCUGCUGCGCUUUUCAGCACUGUGCCGCUUGCUGCGGGUCACGGCAUGGUGCCGUCGUUGGUUGGGCGUUCUGCACUCUCGCCGCGGUGCAUCUGUUGUAGGUAUCUUGACUCCAGUGGAAAUCGAGGAGGCCUUGUGCGUGUGGAUUGGAAGGGUGCAGGAACAAUGGUUCGAGAGCGAGAGGAAGGCGGUGUCUCGGGGCGAGAUGUUGUCAAGGAAUAGCAGCCUUCUCCGGCUGACGCCCUUCGCCGAUGAGCGCGGGCUGCUGAGAGUCGGCGGCCGCCUGAAGCACGCCGUGCUGAGCAGGGACGAGCGGCACCCCCUCAUUCUGCCACGCGACUCGCAUUUGACGACGCUGCUGGUGGAUUCGUGCCAUCGGCGCACACUGCACGGUGGCGUACAGCUUACCCUGGGACUGCUUCGCCAGCGGUUCUGGGUCCCGGGAGGCAGAGCGACCGUGAGACGGUGCAUCCACAGGUGCCCCACGUGUGUACGAUGGCGGGCGGCAGCGCCGCGCCCGCUGAUGGGUGAUUUGCCUCCCCCAAGAGUAAGAGCGUCCCGCCCGUUCACACACACCGGAGUGGAUUACGCGGGCCCAAUCUUGCUGCGGACGACGAAGGGACGCGGCCACAAGGCGCAUAAGGCAUUCCUGGCGGUGUUCGUGUGUCUCAGCACGCGGGCAGUACACCUGGAGGUGGUAUCGGACUAUACCACCGAGGCUUUUCUUGCGGCCUUCAAGCGCUUCGUGUCGAGGCGAGGAUUAUGUUCGACACUCUACAGUGAUCAAGGCACAAAUUUCGUAGGGGCGGACGCGGAGCUGCGACGCCUGUUUCGCGAGGCUGGGCACAAAGGCUCUCUGGUUGACGCGGUCGCGAGCGAAGGGGUGCGAUGGCGGUUCAAUCCACCGGCGGCGCCUCACUUCGGGGGCAUAUGGGAGGCGGCCGUCAAGUCCACCAAACACCACAUCCGGAGAGUCAUUGGGGACACGACGCUCACGUAUGAGGAAAUGGCGACCCUCCUGGCACAGAUCGAGGCGUGCCUCAAUUCGAGACCGCUGACGGCAUUAACGGAGGAUCCUGAGGACUUGGCCGCGCUCACGCCUGGGCACUUUCUGAUCGGUGCGCCCCUCAACGCCGUUCCGGAACCGUCCUUGUCACUCGCGCCGACGGGAGGUUUGUCGCGAUGGCGACUCGUCCAGAAGAUGCGUGACCACUUUUGGGACAGGUGGUCUAAGGAGUGCUUGCACGCACUUCAAACGCGACCGAAAUGGUGGACGAAAAGCGACAAUCCGCGUGUCGGGGACCUAUGUCUUAUUCGAGGGGACCUGACGGCGCCAUGUAAAUGGCCUUUAGCACGCAUCACGGCUGUCCAUCCGGGCGAGGACGACCAGGUUCGAGUCGUCAGCGUGCGGACGGCCAGGAGCACGCUCGAGCGUCCAGUGCAUAAACUUGUGUUACUGCCGCCGAGUCACGCGACCGAGGAAGGGGAGGCCAGCGAGACGCCGUUAGCUCGCGAAUAA